GCAGGGCUUCCCCUGAUGAUACGAAUGUUGGCCGAGGUUUAUGCUGAAGAUUUUCAAAAGUUUCUCAAAACAGAAACAGCUGAUGCAACUUGUACAUUUGAUUCGGAAAAACUUAAUGUACUCAAUUUGUUUGAAAAGUUUGUGAAAAUAUCUUUCAACUUAAAAAUGAAGAGUAAGGAUAGAAAAGCUGUAUACACAUAUGAUGAAAUUGAGGAUGAAAUUGAUGAGGAAAUAGAACCUAGUUUUGAUUUCUUUAUGGAACAACUUCAAUUGUUAGCCAUCCAAUAUUUGGAAAUCGAAGUUUUGCAAGAUGUUAUAAAGAAACCUCCGUUUAAUAAAAACAACAAUCGACUUCUGGAACGUUUUCGGAAAGGAAAUGAAAAAUCUAUGCUUAUCAGUGCCUCAUCUGCAGAUAAAAUAGAUUUUAUUCAUUUGUCGUAUGCUGAAUACUUGGUUGCAAAAUUUAUAUUUGAUCACAUAGAUGAAUGCAAAUUUUCACUGAUGAAAAUAAUACAAGAUCGAGAUGUUGUACGAAAAUUUUUCUUCUUAAUGGUGGAGCACAAGUGUAAUGAAAAUUCUGAACAAAUGCAAAUAGUGCAAAGUCUGUACAGUCAGAACUCAUUGGUUGUCAUCUGGGCUUGUCUUGGUGGUUACGAGAAAAUAGCAAUGCGUUUGCUACGAAAGUCUAAAAUCAAAUCUAAUGACCCACACCACAAAAUUCUUAUGCACGCCGCAGUUGAUGGAGGUUCAACCGGUUUAGUUAUGGCAUUACUCGAUGAAUUUCAAUUAUCUGUGAACAUUCAAUACGGUUAUAAUUUUAUCAAUGUCAAUGAAUUGCUGAUAAAUAAGUUUGGAGUAAAUUCAAAAUACAUUUUUCAUGGAACUCCUCUCCAUACAGCCGCUGGCAAUGGUUAUAUUGAAAUGGUGAAAUUGCUAAUUCAUCACAAUGCAAAUAUUGACACUAAGGACGAUGUAGGAAGGACACCUCUCCAUCGUGCAUCCCGAAAUGGUGAUCAUGAGGUGGCGAAAUUACUGAUUGAAAAUAGAGCAAAUGUUAACCCUAGGGAAGGCUAUACAGCAAACACACCUCUCCAUAUGGCUGCUGAAUAUGGUCAUCUUGAGGUGGUGAAAUUACUGAUUCAUAAUGGAGCAAAUGUUGACACUACGAACAAUGAAGGAUGUACACCUCUCAAUAUAGCAUCCCGAAAUGGUCAUCCUGAGGUGGUGAAAUUACUGAUUGAAAAUAGAGCAACUAUUGACACUAAGAAUACUAGAGGGUCGACAUCUUUACAUAUAGCAUCCCUAUAUGGUGAUCUUGAGGUUGUGAAAUUACUAAUUGAUAAUAGAGCAAAUGUUGACACUAUGGACAAUGAAGGAUGGACACCUUUGCAUUUUGCAUCCCAAAAUGGUGAUCUUGAGGUGGUGAAAUUACUGGUUGAUAAUGGAGCAAAUGUUGACACUACGCACAAUGAAGGAUGGACACAUCUCCAUUAUGCAUCCCGAAAUGGUGAUCUUGAGGUGGUGAAAUUUCUGAUUGAUAAUGGAGCAAAUGUUGACGCUAAGGACAAUGAAGGAUGGACACCUCUCCAUUAUGCAUCCCUAAAUGGUCAUCUUGCGGUUGUGAAAUUACUGAUUGAUAAUGGAGCAAAUGUUGACACUUCGCAAAAUAAAGGAUGGACACCUCUCCAUUAUGCAUCCCUAAAUGGUCAUCUUGCGGUUGUGAAAUUACUGAUUGAUAAUGGAGCAAAUGUUGACACUUCGCAAAAUAAAGGAUGGACACCUCUCCAUUAUGCAUCCCAAAAUGGUCAUCUUGAGGUGGUGAAAUUACUGAUUCAAAAUGGAGCAAAUGUUGGCACUACGCACAAUGAAGGAUGGACACCUCUCCAUUAUGUAUCCCGAAAUGGUCGUCUUGAGGUUGUGAAAUCACUGAUUGAUAAUAGAGCAAAUGUUGACACUACGGACAAUAAAGGAUGGACACCUCUCAAUUAUGCAUCCCAAGAAGGUCAUCUUGAGGUUGUA